GCAUACGAAUGUUAAAUUCGUCUACAACUAAAAAUAAAAUUGAGUGUCAGUCAGUCAAAAUAUUGCUUAUUGUUUGGGUACGUUUUCGGAUCGGUUUACCCAAAUAUUCUUUUACUUAUUGUAAAUUCGCUAAGCGGAAGAUUGUUUUGUAGUUCCACCUGUUGAUAUGGAUAUAUAUUCAUAAUUUAAAAGUUUAAAAAUGUACUAGUUUUAUACCGGUUACUUACAUGUGCACCUUUCCUGUGUAUAGGGGUUAUAAUCAAAAUAUUUUAUCACUUAGUGAUUUCUGGUCAGUCAUUCUCUUUAUACACCCCACAUAUUUCCAAAGCUUUUUUAAAUCUGUAAAGUGUUGAAAGCAUUGCGGUAUACGCAUCGGUAGAACUGCAGUUUAAAAUUAAAAUGUGACAAGUAUAGUGCGGUGAACAGUAUUGAGCAGAAGAGAGUAAUCUAGCGUGCAUGAGAAAGGCGUCGGAGUCAGGGGUUUACUACACAUGGUGCAGCCGAGCAAUAACAACAACGGAAGCUCCGACAUGGACUCACUGGAGGACAUGCUGCGGAAGCUGUCCGAAUUGGAACAAAGAGUGCUGGAAGCAGAAGGACGAGCAGAGGAAGCAGAGGACAAGGUGCGAAUAAUGGAACAGAAGUUGGCAUGGUCGGCGCAAAGUGACCAAGGCAACGCGCAAAUUCACCGACUAGAAGGAGAAGUGGAAGAACAAAGACAAUUGCGUCUUCAAGACGCAAGGCAGGUAGAAGCAAAAGCUGCACGAAUUAAAGAAUGGGUUACGAAUAAACUUCGGGAACUUGAACAGCAGAAUCAACAUUUACGCGAGCAAAAUAUCAAAUGUAAUCAACAAUUGGAACUGCUAAGGAAUCAUUUGGCCCUUGCAGAUAGAAGGCGUUCUGAGAGUGGAUCGCCGGAGCCUAGACAGUUACCUCUAUCAGCAACAUCCACGUACAGUAACUCAAAGCACCGCCGUCAUCAAUCUGUGUGCCUUUCAACAAAUACGAGUUUUGAGCCAGUAGUUCCUAGUACAUUAGUCACUAGUGUCAAUUUCGCUACAAGUAACUCCAGCAUGGAUCCUCUUGCGGAUGAACUUAGAGCCGCUGUAGAUAAUUUAAGUAUAGGACGCAUACCAAGUAGUAGUGCCAGUGAUCCAGAUUUGGCACAUGAUUAUGCUGAAAUAUAUACACCUAGUAGAGAGAAAGUGGCAUGGCCUAGGGCACCAACGCCUCCUAUACACAGGUUUCCUAGCUGGGAAGAUCGGAUAUAUCAGGUAGCAGCUGAUGGUCUUACCUUAACAGGAACAACUCCUAGUGAUAUAGGGCCAGAACAAGCUGGGUACCAAGAUAUUCCCGUCCCAGUUUACGCCACUGUAAAAGGGAGAGCGAGUCAAAUUCGUUCAAUGCCAUUUACAGGUGAUUCGUCUGACGAUUCGAGUGAUGGCGAAGGGAAUAAUACUCAGGCUAUUGAUGGAACAAAUACUCAUAGUCGUAGCUCCGGAGAAACUACCGGUUCAAGUCCAGGAAAACGAACAGGAUCGAGCAGUAGUGGUUCACCAAGUAAAAGCAAAACAAGAGUAAUUUCAGACAUAUCGUUUGAAUCUGGACUUUCCGACGAUUACGCUGUACCUCCAGAUGCGCUUAGUUGCGACACAGCUAGUCUUGAGUCCUCCAUGAUGCUAAGAGCUUCCUAUUUAGACAGUCCCAAAAGGAUAGAAAGUUUGGAGAAAUGUGGUUCGUUAGCUAAAUUGGGUGGCAAACUAAAAACAUGGAGGAAGAAAUGGUUUGUUUUGAAAAAUGGUGUGCUAACAUAUUAUAAAAGUCAAAGUGAUAUUAAUCGUAAACCCCAAGGUCAAAUCGUUUUAGAUGAAAUUUGUAAGAUAACAAGAGCAGACGGCUCAAAUACUUUCGAAAUAGAUACGGGCAAAAAAACUUACUACCUAACAGCAGAUACGAUUACUGCAAUGGAAGACUGGCUUCGAAUACUUCAAAAUGUUCAACGAAGAAACGCAACUAAAAUUUUACUAAGCAAAGAAGAAAAUAAGCCAUCAGUACAAGGGUGGUUAACAAAAGUUAAGAAUGGUCACGCUAAAAGAUGCUGGUGUGUUCUUAUCGGAAAAAUGUUUCUCUAUUUUAAGUCUCCUUCCGAUACCACUCCACAUGGCCAAAUAAAUAUGAGAGAAGCACGUGUUGAAGAAGUGGAACAUCUAUCAGACUCUGAUUCUGAAGAAAGAGAUUCUGAACAGCCAGACCUAACGAUAGGUAUAUUUCCAAAUAAUUCCGGUCCGACCUAUUUAUUAUGUCCUGGAAAGCAGGAAAAAGAUGCAUGGUUAUAUCACCUUACGGUUGCCAGCGGCGGAGGCCCUAAUACUGGUACCCAAUAUGAACAAUUAAUACAUAAACUAAUGGAGGUGGAUGGCGAUCCCAAUUGCGUACUAUGGAGACAUCCUGUCCUCUUACAUGCAUCUUGUGCCAAAGAUGGAGCUGUACCAUCAUAUUUCCCAUUAACAAGUUUGCCAACAGAAGCUCUACAGGCCGAGGCAAUUAAAUUAUUUAAAAGUCUCCAAUUGUUCCUUUCUGCGGCUGUGGACCAGGCUGGUAUAGAUUACCACGUAGUGCUGGCUCAAAAUGCACUACAACAGUGCCUGGACAUGCCCGAGCUUCAGGCAGAAUUGAUUUGUGCUCUCAUUAAACAAACCAGUAAAAGUGUACCUUUGCCAAAGUUAGGAGUUCAGCAAUUACUACUUUGUGCAACGCAAAGUCUUUUCUCGUGCGAAACCAACGCGCCGAGCAUUAACAGUACUGCAUCUGAUGAUCAAAUCGCAUUGUCAAAUAUACAGGCAUCCCAAGAAGAGAAGUAUAGAGAACACAAGGAAUGUUACAAGGAGUACAAAGAUCCCAAGGCACCUCCGACGUACACGCUUUUGCAGGGAUGGCAAUUGCUGGCCUUAGCCGUAAGCCUCUUUGUACCAAAAUCGUCCAGGUUGUUGUGGUUUUUAAAGCAUCAUCUUCAGAGAAAUGCUGAUAAUAGAACUGAAUGUGGAAAAUACGCUUCAUAUUGUGAAAGAGCCUUGGAGAGGACCAUCAUAGCAGGUGGUAGGGAGCUUAAACCUAGCCGUAUGGAAGUUCUAAGCAUACUACUAAAGAAUCCUCAACACCAUUCGUUACCCCAUUCAAUGCCAGUUCAUCUUCUUAACGGCGCCUACCACAUUACAAGCUUUGAUGGUUCGACAACCAUUAAAGAGUUCCAAGAUACUCUUGCUCAUGAGAUUGGAUGUAGAAUGAGCAACGGAUUUUCAUUGUUCAGCGAUGACCCGAUUGAGAAAGAUCUGGAACAUACUUUAGACCCUAAUGCCAAACUCUGUGAUUUAAUUUCUAAAUGGGAAAUCGCCCUAAGAGAAAAGGGCAUGGGCAAGUUCGAAAAUAGUAAAGUUAUUAGACUAACAUAUAAAAACCGACUCUGGUGGAAGAACAGUGCAAGAUUGGAAACCGAUAAAGAAAGACUACUUUUAUGUUAUCAAAUUAACAAACAAAUUGUACAGGGACGAUUUCCUUUAAGUAGAGAAUUAGCUUUAGAACUUGCCGCACUGAUGGCCCAACUUGAUAUAGGCGACUGUCCUCUGGGAUCAAGUAAACCUUCCAGCGCUGGAAACACCCUUAAUACUCAUGCUACAACAUCCAGUGUCAAACAAAGUCCAAAGUCCAAUUUAAAUGGCACUUUCAGUCCUCCAUCUGCUCUGCAGAAUUCGUCCACCUUAAGUGCAUUGAAUAAUGUCCAUGGAAUAUUGAUGGCACAUUCCAACCAAGCGCUUAACGCUAUUGAUAAGUUUUAUCCUUAUCGGUAUAGGGAUCAGUUAACUCAAGAGGGUUUAGCGGAACUUCAGGCAAAACUGCUGGCUAAAUGGCGAGCGCUCAAGGGAAGAACUCAGCUGGAUUGUGUUAGAAUUUACUUGACUUGCACAAGGAAGUGGCCAUAUUUUGGUGCCACUCUAUUUCAGGCAAGACUGCGGCAACAAGAUUCCCCAAUGAUUUGGUUAGCAGUAAGCGAAGACUCAAUAACGGCUUUAGAUUUGGCAACAAUGCAACAACGGAAUCGAUAUCCUUACUCCAACGUACUUACCUUUGGAGGAUGUCAGGAGGACUUUAUGUUAGUUGUGACUCAAAAUGACCAGCAGGCUUCCCAAAAACUGAUAUUUACACUAAGCAAACCAAAAAUACUCGAGCUGACAUUACUUAUUGCCGAUUAUAUGAAUCUGCUUAUUGCAAACCCCGGCACGCCACUUUUGGGAACUUUAAGUCGAGGGACCAUGGUUUCCGUUAACCAAUCAAUAGUAAACCAAUCGAUAAUUAGCCACACAUUGGCUAACCAAUCGCAACCUGAUAUACUGAAAUCGACUCCGGACCAUGGAGUUCAAAGAUCUGAGUCAAAACGACGAACUCAUGUUGAUUCGGGUCUUGCGUAAUAUUCUGUGGGUAACCUGGAGUGUAAAAGGUGUUAAUAAUUUUCAAAGUGAUUAGUGUUAAAUUGCUUAACUUUUGAACUUAUUUUCUUUAUUGCCGCAGCACCAGAAAUAUAUAAAAACAUAUUACUAAAACAUGUCUUAAAUAAUUUUUUUUUACAUUUCUUAGAGCAACCAAAAAGUUUCUUUUUUUAAUAUUUUAACUAUCAAUUAUUACUUUUAUAUUAUUUUAUGUCUCACAAAGUGAGAGACAAGAGAAAAAAAAUAAAAAGUUCAUUUUAAGAAUAAACCAUUCAUCUUUAUUUACAAAGACAUGUUGAUGAAAAUUUAAGAUUAUCGAUGCAUUUGAUACCCUUUAUAAAGUUUUUAGUAAAAUCGAUUUAAAAAAAGUUUUUUUAACAAUCGAGAUCUUCAUUAAAUUUGGACAACCCUUUUUGAAUAUUUUUUUUGUCUAACUGAUGCAGCUUAACUUUUGAAGCGUACUGAAUAUUUCACUCAUAUACAUUUUUCCGUAAACGGCCUGAUGUAAAAAAA